CUCUGGCCACGCCCUUUGUCGGUAUGACACGUCCAGACGCUUUUCCACGUCGCCCGCCCAGCCCUGUUCCCGCCGCGCGCCCAACGGUCGAGCCUGGGGAGGCUGCGCGCGCUCGUGUAAAGGCCGGGGAAAAAAUGGCGGCGCCCGUCUUGCGAGUGUCCACCCCUCGCUGGGAGAGGAUAGUCCGGCUACUCGUGUGUCUUUUAGGAAUUCUGCUAUCCAUGUACGCGUUUCAUGUGGAGAGAGAAAAAUCCAUAGACGCUAGUUACCGCGCCGCGUGUGACGUGAACAGCUGGGUUAGCUGCUCCAAAGUCUUCACGUCCAGAUGGGGUCGAGGAUUUGGACUGUUGGGAAGCAUCUUUGGGAACGACAGCGCAGUAAACCAGCCAAACAGUGUCUAUGGAAUAUUAUUCUAUGUCUUACAAAUGUUACUGGGUUUGACGGCCAGCGCUAUGGCCGCUUUGAUUUUGAUGACCACAUCCAUUGCGUCAGUAAUGGGCUCCGUCUACCUGGGCUACAUUCUUUACUUCGUCCUGAAGGACUUCUGCUUCAUCUGUGUGACCACAUACGUACUGAACUUUAUCCUGUUUGUGCUGAACUACAAGCGACUGGUUUACUUGAACGAAGCCUGGAAACAACAGCUUCAAGCCAAGAGGGACUAGACAAAAAACACAGGAGGCGGAGGGAAGAUCCUCAAACCUCUGAAAAUUGUGACUUGCCACCAGAAGACCUUGCUUCCAAACAAAUGUUCAAUCUGUUGUGUGUGUAUAACAAACGAAAAAAUUAAACAAGGAAAGAAAAAUGUCA